AUGAUGUGGACACGCGUGAAGGAAGUGAUGGAGAGCUCGGAGCGUGUAGGCGAGGCCAUCGCAAAAGGAACACUAGAGCCACGGGCUUGGACAAGUCUCUCGGCUCAUUUUGGUCAGAUGCAAAAAGCAAUAGCCAAGUACGUCGGGUGUAUGAAGCUAGUUGAAUCGCUGCGCGAGUCUGGGUCGACAGAACGCGACAUGAUGCAGAAGUCGCUGUCAUUGUACAAGGAGCGCCACGGUCAUCACUUUGGAUACAUGGAGUGCUAUGACGUGCUCGCAAAGUGUCCUAAGUUCCAAAUGUCGGUUGAGAAGGUCUCUGAACGCAAAAAACCCGCUCGAAGUAGUAAACGCCCUGGUCCUGAUAAUGUAAUCGUGGAGGCGUCUUUGGAAUCAGAUGCUAACAGUAUCAUAUCUACGACAGUAGAAGCCCGACCAGAUCAAGGCGUCAAGGGGACAAAGCGAGCGAUAUCCGAGGUGUCGAUGCGAUUCCGCACAGUCGUGGCUCAAGAAACCCUGUCAAAGUCGAUGAUCUCCAAAGUGGACGUACUAAAAAAGCAACUCCGGAUUAACCAGGCUCUUCAACGCAUACAGGUAGAAGAAACACCCCCACCGCAUGCUGAACAAGCUCUUCAGCAUCAAGCCAGAGAGUGCUGA